AUGGCUAUGGACAAUGCUCUUACUUGCGACUUCAAGACCAUGAAGGCAAAAUCCACUGUUCACUCCUUAUGGCCAAAAGCUAGAGUCGUUCCUCUCAAGACCAUGACAAUUCCUAGAUUGGAGCUUACCGCAGCAACUGUUUCUAUCAAGAUUAGCAAUCUGUUGAAAAAGGAACUGCAUUAUGAAGCUGCAACUCACCAUUUUUGGACAGAUAGUCGAGUAGUGUUGGGUUAUAUUUCGAAUGAUUCUAAGAGAUUCCAUGUGUUUGUUGCCAAUCGUGUCCAACAAAUAAGAGACUUUUCUGAUCCAUCUCAGUGGAGAUACAUUGAAACUACACAAAAUGUUGCCGAUAUUGCUUCCCGUGGAGCAAUGGUUUCAGAGCUAGUCAAUUCCAAGUGGUUUACUGGACCUGAUUUCAUUUGGGAAAAAGAUAGCAUUCAUGUUACAAAGAAGGAGUUACACGCAUUAUCAGAAAACGACCCAGAGUUGAGGUCAAAAUGUUUUGCAUCAGUGGCUCAGAUUUGUCCCUUUUCCUCAAUUCUUGAGCGCCUGGAAUAA